AUGCUACCAACUCGUGAUAACGUGACGAGUCUAUUGCAUUCGGUCGUGAUCAACUCGUCGCUCAAAGGGCGAUCAAGUUCGACAAUCACAAAGCAAAACUCUAGUGCACUACGUGAUACAGAUCACAGAAUGCUUCAACAAAAAGGAAUUCUCGAAAAGGAGUACAGCAUUGUAUUUCCAUCUAAAAAACUGUGCACUGAUGAAAGUGAUGUUGUGAUGCUUUCAGAUUAUCAACAAAUAGCUGAUUUCAAGUUAGCUUUGAAACUUCAACAAGAUGAAUUAGAAAGUCCACCAGACAAUGGGCCAUCAUUUCAACUGUGCACUGACUCCCCUGAAUGCAGUAACAACGCUGAAUGCACUGACUCGGCUGAUGAUGAGAACACAGCAGCUACUGCACUGUUAUUUUUGAAAUCAAGCAGUAAGCAGUAUGAAUAG